AUGGCACCGGCCGGAGGCCGCGGGGCCAAGAAGGGCAUUUUGGAACAUCUGGAUAGUGGGGAGCUUGUGGUUGGAGAUGGCAGCUUUCUCAUAACUCUGGAGAAGAGGGGCUGUGUGAAGGCUGGGCUCUGGACUCCAGAAGCCAUAGCAGGGCAUCCAGAUGCAGUUCGUCAGCUUCACGUGGAAUUCUUGAGAGCAGGAUCAAAUGUCAUGCAGACUUUCACCUUUUCUGCCAGUGGAGACAAUAUGGAAAGUCAGGUAAAUGGUAAUGCGGCAGGUGGGAAAGCUGUAAAUGCUGCUGCCUGUGACCUCGCCAGAGAAGUAGCCAACACAGGUGAUGCUUUGGUAGCAGGGGGGAUCUGCCAGACAUCGUUGUACAAACACCACAAGGAUGAAGCUAGAAUUAAAAAACUUUUUCGACUACAGCUAGAGGUUUUUGCCAGGAAAAAUGUGGACUUCUUUAUUGCAGAGUAUUUUGAAUAUGCUGAAGAAGCUGUGUGGGCUGUGGAAGUCUUAAAAGAAUCCAGAAAACCCAUGGCAGCAACCAUGUGUAUUGGCCCAGAGGGAGACAUGCAUGGUAUAACACCUGGAGAAUGUGCUGUGAAGUUGGUGAAGGCAGGGGCUUCAGUUGUUGGCGUGAACUGCCGAUUUGGACCCUGGACCAGUCUGAAGACAAUGAGACUCAUGAAGGAAGGCCUACGGGCUGGAGGGCUGAAAGCACACUUGGUGGUGCAGUCUCUGGGGUUCCAUAUGCCUGACUGCAGCAAAGGAGGAUUUGUGGAUCUCCCUGAAUAUCCCUUUGCACUGGAGCCCAGAGUUGCAACUAGAUGGGAUACUCAAAACUACGCCAGAGAGGCCUAUGACCUGGGGGUCAGGUACAUAGGCCGGUGCUGUGGAUUUGAGCCCUACCACAUCAGGGCGAUUGCAGAGGAGCUGGCCCCGGAAAGCGGAUUUUUGCCUCCGGCUUCUGACAAACAUGGCAGCUGGGGAAGUGGUCUCGACACACACAGCAAACCCUGGAUGGGAGCCAGGGCUAGAAGGGAGUAUUGGGAGAAUCUGCUUCCAGCUUCAGGCAGACCUUUCUGUCCUUCAUUGUCAAAGCCAGAUGCAUAAGGAGUAAUGAAAGAAAACACUGAAAUAGCAGAAUGGAAAGAAACCCCCCUCAAGCCCCACCUGGAACCCUUCCUCACCCCUAUCCCCAGCCCACCCUGUCUCCAGCUGCCGAACAGCUAAUGUGCUGUCAAUUCAGCAUAGGACGUAUACUGCACGCCUGCUGUGCUUAAGCUCCAAGCCGGAUGCCAGGGGAGAUGAAAAGCUGAUGAGAAAGGCUUCUCCUCCUCCAGGUACUUACUGUCCAGUCAUGCUGCAGGACAUGCUUUUGAAGGCCAUCAA